GUCUGUGACAGGGAGAGAGAAGGGGGGUAGCGCGAGCAGACAGACGUAUGUGCUUCAGAGAAAGAGAGUGCGACUGUACGAAUAACCAAGGCAGCCGCGUUUAAAAAUGGCGUCUUAGAAACAAAAUGACUGAAAAUAUAUCCCAAAUCGAGGCCCAUGUCUCCCUAACACGAAGGCUCGGUAUCCGGAUUCACGCACGAAGCCCUGCUGCGACUCUUCACGCUGUUGUUCUAGCUACAGAAAAGUGAAAAGGAACACGAAGACACCUUAUUUCGAUGCGUCGCUGCAGCCUUUAACUAAGUGAGGGGAUGUACGUGCAAACGCAUUGUCGGGAAAUUAAAUCUAGCUGAUGCUUAAAUAAAGCUAACGUUAACUGACUAAAAGCUAGCUUCGACCUGUACGCUUGUAAUUUAAACAAAGACAUUUGCAACUCCUAAAUCGCUCUCCGCGAGCAUGAUGGCUAUCUGACUACGUAGCCGCUGAUGAACAACUGCUGCCUCCUCUGCAAUAGGGACAAUAGGCAUUGAAAUAAAUACGUGUGCGAGAGGGGAAGGAAGAAACUGGAUUUUUUUUUGGUGGUGGUUGGUGUGGACCCCCUCCCCUUCAACCCCCUCCUUCCCUCUCUAUCCUCCAUCUCCCCCUCCUCCUUCUCCUCCCCUCCAUUGCUCUCCCCCUCUAUGCUGUUUCCCAUUCUUGAAGACUUGCUUGUGAAACGGGAGAAAUAGACACUGAACAGAGGAAAACACACGGGGAGUAACACUGUGUGCUAUAAUUUAGAAUAUUUCCUCCCCUUCCCCGCACUAUCUCUCCAUCUUCAUCCCUCGUUUUUCUUUAAUGGAUAGAAAUUAUCCUGGUACAGGAUUUGGUGAUUUGGGCGCAGGAACGGGAUGGAGUUAUGAGAGGUCGGCGAAGGCAAGUCUGGUGUAUGGAAGCGCCAGGUCGGCCCACCCGGACUCCGAGCUUCUCCAUCGGCAAGCAUAUGCUACGCCCCACCCCCUGCAGGGCUAUGCAACCAAUCACCACCCAGGCAGCUCUGGCCAGGGCGGGGCCUGGGGGGCAGCUGGGCGGAGCUUGGGGCUCUCUGGCCUGUUCGACACCAGCCUCCAUCAUGCCAGCCCCUCCGGCCCGGAUGCUUCCGUGAUGAAUCUGAUUUCGGCUCUGGAGUCCAGGGGCCCCCAGCCACCCCCCUCCGCCUCCUCCCUCCUCUCCCAGUUCCGCACCCCGUCAUGGCAAGCAGCCAUGCACACCCCGGCCCCUGCAGAGCUUUUUAUUUCGGGAGCCCUUCCUGGGUCUGGCGGCUUCACCUCCUCCUCUGCCCUCUCUGCCUACCAGCACCCCGCCUCGUUUUCGGGGCGCUCCUUCCCUGGGGUCACCUCCUCGCUCUCCCUUCAGGACACGCCCACAUUCAGCCCCACCUCCAACGGGCUGCUGUCCCCCCACGACCCUCUGCUGCACAUCAAAACCCAGUCUCCGUCCAGCCUGGGCUUCGACCGCCUGCUGUCCUCCCAGGGCGCGGCCUACAGGGGGGGGCAGGACCCCACGCUAGCGCCUCCUCCGACUUCCUCCGGCCCCUCGUCCCGCCACCUGCCCCCUCCCCAGUUCAACCUGCUCUCCUCACAGCUCCAGGAGCAACCCUCGCAGCUGUACAACGCCUCUGUGUUCUCCACCGCCCCCGGCCCCCCCCAGCCCCCCCCCCAGGAGAGGGCUGUCCCCAGACAGGACAGCGUUAUCAAGCACUACCAGCGCCCCUCCGCCCAGUCCGCCCCCCACUCCCUGCAGCACUACCUGAGCUGUGGGGCGUCGGGGUACCAGCAGAUCGCCCCCCACCACCGGCACGCCGGCCUUCCGUGCAGCCCGCUCGGAGACCAGAGCCCUUCCUCCGACCCCAAGCCCUCCCCCAGGCCCGAGCAGGUGUACCGGCCCAUAAUCCAGCCUCCCUACACCCCUUCCACCUCCUCGUCCUCCUCCGGAGGCACCGGGAAGGGGGCCAAGAGCAGCUCCAGCAGCGGCUACUCCUCCUCUGGCUCGGGGUCCUCGUCCCGCACCCCACACACACCCCCCUCUGCCUCAUCUGCGUCUUCGUCCUCCUCCUCCUCUUCCUCGUCCUCCGCCGCCAACCCCGCGCCCUCCAGCUCCAGCGCCGCCCCAUCCCGGCAGCAGCCCCCCCCACAGCCUGCCGCUCCGCCACCCCCCCCGCCCCCUCCGCCGCUGCCCCCUGUCUCCUCUUCCUCCGCCCAGCAGCCCACGCCCAAAUCCUGCAUGUCUGGGUAUGGCUCGCCCGUUGCCCCGGUAAAGGCGUCCUCCGCCCUUUCGGGCCAGACUCCCCCGCAGGCCCAGUCAUACUCCCCCGGCCAGCCCCCUCCCUCGCACCUGUCCCAGCCAUAUGGGGGCUUUAGUUCCCCUCAGGCCCAAGACCUGAGCUCAGGAGGGGGCGGUGGUAGUGCUGGGAAAGGGUAUGGGAGUUUAGGGGCUGGGGGGCGGUCGUUCUCCGCAGAGGUGGUGUAUGGGGGAGAUUCGGGGUACGGACAGCUCCCGUCAUCUCUUGGGGGAGCCGGAAGCCCUUCUCUGGGAUACGGUGGGCCUGGACACUCCCCCGCCCUUUUAGGGUCCGGAGGGGGCGCAGCCUCGGGGGGAGGCAGUGCGGGAUCUGCCGGAGGCGGAGGAGGGGGCGGGGCAUCAGGAGGAGGGGGCGGCGGGAGUGGGGGAGGGGGCGGCUCUUACCACCUCCCCGACUCCAGCCCCUCCCCCUCGGGCAACUCCGGGAUCAUCCGCCCCGGGUUGCACUCUCCCGCCCCUGUCCGCCCCGCUCAGUCCCCCGGAGGGGGCGGGGGAAACAAGUACCUGUCCUCGGUCCUCUCCCCGGCCUUUAUGGCCUCCCCGCAGGGCUACCCCGACGCCCGAGGCCCGGCCCAGCCGUACCACCCGGGACCCCCCAAAGCCAAGCCCGACCCCGACAUGUUGGGGGUGGAGAGGCCGCAGGAUGAGGAAGACGACGACGAUGACUUUCUGAUCCAGCACCUCCUGCAGGCCCAGAGCCCUGCGCCCCACCCUUCCCAGCAGCACCACCCUCCCCCGCAGCCCCCCCAGCCCCCACCCCUCUCCCAAGCUCCGGACGGCAGCAAGGGGAUGGGCUACGAGAUGGCCAAAUCCUCCGAGGAGAGGUACCACCUCCAGAGCGUCAUCCGCACCAACAGCGCCACCUCCAGCGCAGGAGGGGUGUCUGCGGGUGGAGGGGCGGACGACCUGGACAGCCAGCUGGAGAUGUCCAUGAAGAAGCAGCAGGCGAAAAAUGAGAGGGGUGGGGCCGGGGGUGGAGGCAGCGGGGGAGCAAGAGGAGGGGCGGACCAGCCGCACCCCCACCCUCACCCCCACCCGCACCACCAGCACGACUCUUUGGCCUCGGUAGUGCACUACAGCCGAACGGACCCGUAUUCCCAGCACGCCCUCCCUCCCCACCAUCCCUCGCACCUCCAACACCCCCACCCCCACCCUCACUCGCACUCCCACCUGGAACUCAAAAAGGCCCAGGAUCCACAGGAGUUGCCCUACCUGCGCAAGACGCCCCCCGACCUGCAGCAGCAGCGGCCCUCCCAGGCCAACCUGUCGCUUGUGGACUCGCCCCCAGACCAGCCCCAGAUGCUCCAGUCCGUCCUCUCCCACACCACGCGCAGCAAGAUGGAGGCCCAGGCCCGGUCCCAGCACGCUCUGAGCCAGCAGGCCGGGGAGAACCCGCCCCCAUCCUCCCAGCUGCAGCUGCAGCUCCAGUCCCAGGGUCUGGAGGCUCACUACGGCCGCGGGCCCCAGCGGGAUCAGAACCAGGCCGGCCCAAACUCGGUGUCCCCGCUGGACCUGCUGGGACGCUCGCUCUCGCAGGCCUCUGGCAGGGAGGCAGGCGGAGGUGCGGAGAGAGGUGGAGGAGGAGGAGAUGGCGGCAGCGGCGACAGGCACAGGCAGCAGCACAGACUCCCGCCGCACCAUCACCAGCCUCACCACACCGCCUCCGAGCUGCACGACUUCCUCUCCGAGCCGGACUUGGGUCUCUCGGCCCCUUCGCACUUGCACCACCUGGGCCCCAGCCACCAUCCACACCAACACUCCCACCACCAGCACCCCCACCCUCACCACCCCCACUCCCACCCGCAUCACAUACCCACCAGCUCUGGGCCGCCUCAGCAGCCGCAGCCCCAGCGGGAGCAGGAGCCCCCCAUGUCCCAGCCCCAGAUGGACCAGCUCAAAGAGCACCAAUACAACACGCAGAGUCCUGUGGGGAAGGCCAGCCAGAGCCAGCAGCAGAGGUUCGUCCCCCUCACCUCCAUCUGCUUCCCCGAUUCCCUCCUGCCGGACGAGGACCGCUCCUUCUUCCCUGGAAUGGAGGACAUGUUCUGCACGGAGGACUACAAGUCUAGCUGCAGCGGGGGUGGAGGGGGUCCGGCCCAGGCGGGGCCGGAAGGGGUCUCAGACGUUCGACGGGGGCAAGAGGGUAUGGAGGGGGUUAAAAACCCCGGAGGAAGCGACGGUGGUUAUGACAUGCUGGGCCACCACGGCGACCAAGGGUACGGGCAGUACUGCCACGGCCUGUCGGAGUCUGGCAACGGCGCCAUACACCUGGACCUGGACUCCCUGAAGACACACGAGCUCCCCUCCACUGUCAACACAGAGCAGCUCGGCCUGAUCCAAUCGCAGGCGCCUGGCAUGGGGAUGGGCGGGGCCGGGGGAGGCGGUGGUGACAUCUCUGGGAACAAGAUGCUGGGAGGUGCUGGCGUGGGUGGAGGGGCCAGCAGCGGCGGGCUCACCUCUCCCAUCUUCUGCUCGUCCCGGCCUAAGAAGCUCCUGAAGUCCAGCUCCUUCCACCUCCUCAAGCAGCCCCGGGACCCCAACUCUCUACCCAAAAAAAACUAUGCACAGGAAUACGAGUUUGAGGAUGACGAGGACAAGGCGGAUGUCCCGGCUGAUAUCCGGCUGAACAGCAGGAGGCUCCCGGACCUGCUCCCGGACCUGGUGUCCAGCUGCAGGAAGUCAGGAGGGGGUGGGGGACUGAGCCCCCUGAUGGGUGAUCUCGACUUCUGCCACACCUCUCAGUACCCCUCCUUAGGCCCACCCCCCCAGCUGGUGUCCCAGGACGGGCCUAAGAAGAGGGGCAGGAAACCCACCAGGCCAAAAAGAGAAGGACCCCCAAGGCCUAGGGGCCGGCCUCGCAUUCGGCCUUUACCCGAACCCCCGCACUGCAGGGGCAUGAUGGGGUUUGGAGGCGAGAGCCGGAGGGGUAGGGGGAGGGGCCGAGGGCGGGGCAAGAAGGAUGACGGGAUGAUUGGCAUGCACCAGGCUGCUGAGGCCAGUGAAGGGCAGCACCAUCAGCUUCAGCAAUAUCAGGAGCCCAUCAGACCCAUCAAGAUUAAACUUCCCACACCCCCCGCGGUUCCCUCCGACCCCCUCCUGAGGACCGAUUCCCUGUCCAGCACCGACCCGGUUCUCUCGGACGGCUCCGUCGGGUCGGCCCCGUCCCUGGGCUUGAGCCCAGGGCCCACGGGCGGACUGGACAUGAACAGGAACCAGGAGAAGUUCAAGCAGAAAGGACAGGAGGAGGACAAACAGGCGGAGAUGAAAUCCGGGUUCAUGGCCUCUUUCCUGGACUUCCUCAAAUCCGGAAAGAGGCCACACCCUCCCGGCUCCGGGAUGGAGCCAGGGCCAGGGGGCGGAGCCGGGGACGAUGGCUCCGCCCCCAUGAAGGGUGGGCUCCGGCCGCUGUCCCCGGCCCCGGCCCCGCCCCCUCCCCCGUUCGGGGAUGGCGAGGGCGGGCUGGGUCUGGGCAGCUGCCCCAGCCCCUGCAAGCGUCUGGACGAGGAGCUGAAGAGGAACCUGGAGACGCUGCCCUCCUUCUCCUCCGAUGAGGAGGACUCUGUCAGCAAGAACCAGGACCUGCAGAAGAGCAUCUCCUCCGCCAUAUCCGCCCUCUACGACACGCCCCAGGUCCUGGCCCCGCCCCCUCUGGAGCCCGCCCCGCCUCCCCAACAAGCCCCGCCCCUCACCCCCCCGCCUGCCCUGCCCGUCCACACCCCCACCCCCACCCUCACCCCCACCUCCACCCCUGAGCCCCAGGCCCUGCCUGAGCCCAUGGAGAUGGAGAGAGGGGAGAAGAGCGUAGAGGAGGGGGUGGUGGUGGAAGAGGAGGAGGAGGAGGAAGAGGAGGAGGAGGAGGGGGUGGGGGAAGAAGAGGAGGUACAGAAGGAAGAAGAGGUGUGGCAGGAGACAGAGGAUAAGAAGGAAAGGAGGGUGUCUGAAGAGGAGGAAAGGAGGGUGUCUGAAGAGGAGGAAAGGAGGGUGUCUGAAGAGGAGGAAAGGAGGGUUCCUGAAGAGGAGGAAAGGAGGGUUCCUGAAGAGGAGGAAAAGGAGGAGGAACAGGAGGAGGAGAAGGAGGAGGAGCUGGAGAUUCUGUGUGUGCCAAAGGUUGACGAUUCCCCGUCCGAGCCCCCCCCGGCCCCGGUUCCCCCCUCUCCUCCUUCUCUCUCCCCCUCUCCCACUCCUUCCUCCUCCUCUCCGUCCCCGCUCCCUCCGCCCCCCCUCUCCCUCCCCUCCCCCCUCCCCCUGCGGGGCGACCGGCCCCCAUCCCAGCCUUGCAGCCCGCUGCCCCCGUCCCUCCCCUCCCCCUGCCCGUCCCCCCUGCCCCCCGCCCUGCCCCCGUCCGCCACCCCUCCCCCGUCCGACCCCUCGCCCCCGCCGCCCCCCACGCCCGACGAGGCCCCCGCGCCCCUGCUGACGGCGCUGCACCUGGCGCAGAAGCAGCGGGGCGCGGCGCUGGCCGGGGACAGCGAGGAGGGGGAGAGCGAGAGCGGGGGGGAGGGGAUAUUCCGCGAGAGGGACGAGUUCGUGGUGCGCACCGAAGACAUCGGGACCCUCAAGCUGGCUCUGCAGACAGGCCGAGAGCCUCCCCCCAUCUGGAGGGUGCAGAAAGCCCUCCUGCAGAAGUUCUCCCCCGAAAUCAAGGAUGGGCAGCGGCAGUUCUGCGCUACCAGCAAUUACUUGGGGUACUUUGGUGAUGCCAAGACGCGCUACCAGCGUCUGUAUGUCAAGUUCCUGGAGAACGUCAACAAGAAGGACUAUGUGAGGGUGUGCUCCAGAAAACCCUGGCACAGACAGGCGCCCACUCUGAGGCGUCAGUCUCUUCCAAAGCCCACACUCCUUCCUCUCACCCAGACCCCUCCCCGGGUGGAGAGGGAGGAUAAGGGGAGGGAGCAGAGGGAGAAAGAGAAGGAGAAAGAGAGGGAAAGGGAGAAGGAAAAAGAGAAGAAGCUGUCUCAGGAGAAAGUGGAAAAGCGAGGAGUGGAGAGAGGGAGAGGGAGGGAGGACAAGAGAGGAGGAGAGCGGAGGGUGGAGCGCCCCACGAGGGCCAGGCCAGUGAAGAUGAAGGCCGAGCCUCCGCCCAAGAAGAGGAAGAAAUGGCUGAAGGAGGUGCCCUCCUCUUCAUCAGAGUCCUCACCUGACCCCGAGCCACCCUGUGAGGAUGACGCGGUGUCCCUGAGGGGGGCAGUGAACAUUCGGGCCAUGAGGGAACUGUUCCGCAGCUAUGUGGAGAUGCUGGUCAGCACCGCCCUCGACCCGGACAUGAUCCAGGCUCUGGAGGACACACAUGACGAGCUGUAUCUGCCCCCCAUGAGGAAGAUCGACAGCAUCCUGAACGAGCAGAAGAAGAGGCUACUGAGGAGAGCAAACAUGAGCACUCAGCACCAGGAAGCUCUGCACUCCUUCCCCCAGAUGACCGCGGACCCCCUGGAGACAGGGGCUGUGAAGGUGCGGCUGUGCGGGGAGGGGUACAACCGGAAAACGCUGAACCAGAUCAAAAAGACCACGCCCAAACCACAGGACCUGAAGCUGUCAGCAGAAACCUGUCGAAUCUACAGUCUCUAUCACUCUCUCCACCAUUACAAAUAUCACACCUUCCUGCACUGUAAGAGAGAGACGGACAGCAUCGAGCAGGCAGCGGAGGACCCAGGGCAAGAGGAGGUGGUGCAGCAGUGCAUGGCUAACCAGGGCUGGCUGGAGACGCUCUUUGACUCCUUUGUCGAGCUGCUCACUCUCAGCGCCAAGGCCUGAGGGAGGAAGAGGAAGAGGAAGAGGAGGGGAGAGAGACGGACGCGCGCUCGGCUGGUACGCAGGCUCGUGGGAGCGGGAGCUGGCUGCUGUUGCAUUCUGGGUAACGCUCGAUACCUGUCCGGCUGAACCGACUCGACGGAGACUUCAGGCAGGAGCUGGGCUGCCGACUCCACACAGGCCCGCUCUGACCAGCCACACGACAAACAAGGGGGGCGUCUGACCCCUCCCCACCUCACCUGGCCCGACGGGAGAGUCUGGGGAAGACCCGGGCGGGUCAGGAGGAGCUGUGCUCGGUUUGCUCUCAUUCGGAAGGCGACUGUAACUGACAUUUUUUAAAGGGAGGGGAGGGGAGGGGAUGGGUGGGGCGAGGUGUGAAUGUCGCUGAACUGCUCUGACGUAUGGAAGACUGACAGUGAAUAGCAUAUUUCUGUAGAGGACGGACUUUAAUGGCUCCAGCAGGGUCAGUUUUGCUUUUCAGCUGUUUCACAUACGUAAUGUGGGACGUGUCUGUAUAUACCUAUACAAAUAAUUGUGAUUAUUUAUACGAGGACAUUUUUAAGGAGUACCCUCCCAAUAUGGGAUAAUUUGCUAUUAUUAUUUUAAAUAAUAAUAUUUUGUUAGGGUAUUAAAUGAAAUGACUUGGAUUCUUCUCGUCGCCUUGGCCGAAGGAUGGAGGCGCGAGAAGACGAGAGCACGUCAUCUUUUUUUGUGUGCUGAAAAAAAAAGGAAAAAAAAAACGUAUUUGAAAUUAAACGAUGAAGUAACGGUAGUCUUUUUGUUUGUUCUUCAAAAGACAAUGAGAGAAAGGAAGGGGAGGAAACUGUUAAAUACAUGCAUUUUUGUUGCUUUCUGAAAGAAAGCAGGAACUAGUGAGCUGUAAUGAUUUAAAAAAUGUGUUUACUGUUCGUUGUUUUUUAUCUGUACGUUGUUUAUUAUAAUUAUUAUUUUUGGAGCUACCUGUUUGUUUAUUCUCUUGCGAUUUUUUGGUGUUUACUGUAUAUAUUGUACAGUUCUCAACUCGAAUUCCCAGUUGCUCUGUACAUUAAUUACCUGUAUUUGACAAAAGCUAAUAAAAAAAUUAAAAAAAAACUUAAAAGAACAACAGAUGAAAUGAAA